AUGGCUCAGCACAAGGACACGCUAUUCCGCUCGGCGGACAUGUCCUUGACCCAGCUGUACAUCGCCAACGAGAUAGGGCGCGAGGUCGUCAGCGCCUUGGGGGAGCUGGGCGUCAUGGACUUCAGAGACUUGAACCAAAGCACUUCCGCCUUCCAACGAACCUUUACGCAGGAGAUAAGGCGGCUAGACAAUGUCGAGAGGCAGCUACGGUACUUCCAGUCCCAGAUGGAGAAGGCUUCCAUCCCGAUGAGGUCCAUCUACGAGUUCGACAACAUUCUCGCUGCGCCCUCGGCCUCCGAAAUCGAUGAGCUAGCCGACCGCAGCCAAAGUCUGGAGAACAGAAUCGCAUCGCUCAAUGAAAGCUACGAGACGCUGAAGAAGCGGGAGGUCGAGUUGACGGAGUGGCGAUGGGUGCUCCGAGAGGCUGGUGGAUUUUUCGACCGUGCUCGCGGGCAGACAGAGGAGAUUCGGCAGUCGAUGGACAACGAUGACGCUCCGCUACUCCGCGAUGUCGAGCAGAGCGGUUCCAAUGCCGACGCGCCAGCCGACAGGUCAUUCUCGGUCAUGAACAUCGGCUUUGUGGCUGGUGUCAUUCCGAGAGAGCGCAUCGCUGCCUUUGAGAGGAUUCUGUGGCGAACUCUGCGCGGCAACCUUUACAUGAACCAGUCUGAGAUCCCCGAGCCAAUCAUCAACCCCGAAACCAACGAAGAGAUCAGCAAGAACGUCUUUGUUAUCUUCGCCCACGGCAAGGAGAUCAUCGCUAAGAUCCGCAAGAUUUCCGAGUCACUCGGUGCGGACCUGUACAGCAUUGACGAGAACAGCGACCUUCGUCGGGAUCAGAUUCACGAGGUAAACACUCGCCUGGCCGACCUUGCAAGUGUCCUGCGGAAUACGAAGCAGACCCUUGACGCUGAGCUUACCGCUAUCGGGCGAAGCUUGGUAGCUUGGAUGGUUAUUAUAAAGAAGGAAAAGGCUGUCUACCAGACACUGAACAAGUUCUCAUACGACCAGGCCCGGAAGACCCUCAUCGCCGAAGCUUGGUGCCCCACCAACUACCUUGGUCUCGUCAAGUCCACCCUUCAGGACGUCAAUGACCGCGCUGGCUUGUCCGUCCCGACCAUAGUCAAUCAGAUCAAGACCACCAAGACCCCGCCCACCUACGUUAAGACCAACAAGUUCACCCUUGCGUUCCAGACAAUCAUCGACGCUUACGGCACUGCGAAGUACACCGAAGUCAAUCCUGGGCUGCCCACGAUCGUCACCUUCCCUUUCUUGUUCGCCGUCAUGUUCGGUGACUUCGGUCACGGCAUGAUUCUGACAAUGGCCGCUAUCGCAAUGAUCUACUGGGAGAAGCCCCUUUCGCGAGGAAAGCUCGACGAGCUGUUCUCCAUGGCCUUCUACGGUCGGUACAUCAUGCUGAUGAUGGGCAUUUUCUCGAUGUACACCGGCCUCAUCUACUGCGAUGCUUUCUCCAAGGAGCUGGCUCUCUUCCCAUCCAUGUGGGAGUGGCCGAAGAACUUCAAGGUCGGCGAAACGGUCGUGGCUCACCGUAUGGACGAUUACGUCUAUCCCUUCGGCAUGGACUGGAGAUGGCAUGGCGCGAGCAACGACCUGCUGUUCUCGAACAGCUACAAGAUGAAGCUCAGUAUCAUCCUCGGUUGGUCCCACAUGACAUUUUCGCUCUGCCUGUCUCUCGUCAACGCCCGCCACUUCCGCUCUAAAAUCGACAUCUGGGGCAACUUUGUCCCGGGUAUGAUCUUCUUCCAGUCAAUCUUUGGCUACCUCGUCUUCUGCAUCAUCUACAAGUGGUCUGUGGACUGGUAUAAGGUCGGCCAGAACCCGCCGGGUCUGUUGAACAUGCUCAUCUACAUGUUCCUCUCGCCUGGUACUGUUGAUGAGCAACUGUACCCCGGCCAAGCAGGCGUUCAGGUUGUGCUACUGCUUCUUGCUGUUGCACAGGUCCCGGUCAUGCUGUUCCUGAAGCCGUUCUAUCUUCGUUGGGAGCACAACAAAGCUCGUGCGAUGGGCUACCGUGGCAUUGGCGAAAACACCCGCGUCAGCGCCUUGGACGACGAUGACGACGAAGGCCAGAACAUGAAUGGCGGCCGGGACAGUUUCGCAGACGACGAGGAUGGCGCUGUGAUGAUCACGCAGGACAUCGGUGACAACGAACAUGAGGAGUUUGAGUUUUCGGAAGUCAUGAUUCACCAGGUCAUCCACACUAUCGAGUUCUGCCUCAACUGCGUUUCCCACACAGCCUCCUACCUCCGCCUGUGGGCCCUCUCCCUCGCACAUCAACAGCUCUCAAUCGUGCUGUGGGACAUGACGCUCAUGAACGCGUUCAGCAUGGGCGGCGCCCUAGGUGUCUUCGCCACCGUCGUGGCCUUCUACCUGUGGUUUGUGCUGACCGUGUUCGUGCUGUGCGUCAUGGAGGGCACGAGCGCGAUGUUGCACAGUUUGCGGCUGCACUGGGUCGAGGCGAUGAGUAAGCACUUCAUUGGCGAUGGGGUGCCGUUUGAGCCGUUUAGCUUCAAGGUGCUUUUGGAGGAGGAGCCGGUGGAGUAG